AUAUAUACAUAUGUAUAUGUUUUCAUCGGUACAUGCGGACACACAUACGCAUCGUACACACGUAUUUUGUUGCGCAAUAGUGAAAAUAGCGUUUAUUUAUUUUUAUUCAUAUCCUUUCCCUAAACUAAAUUAAAAUUAAAUCAUGAAAAUAUCGUCUCUUGGCCGCGGAUUGUUCAAUGCAAUCAAAUUUAAUGGCGGAUCUUUGACUAGAUCGCAUUUCACGUAUUACCCGACAAAAUUCGCGGAGGGCAGCAAAGAUGUGCAAAAAAUGAAUAUGUUUCAGGCGAUAAAUAAUGCAAUGGACUUGGCCUUAGAACAAGACAAGUCAGCAUUAUUAUUCGGCGAAGACGUUGGCUUUGGUGGAGUUUUUCGUUGCUCGGUUAAUCUGCGGGAUAAGUAUGGAAAGGACCGCGUUUUUAAUACACCUUUGUGUGAGCAGGGAAUUGCAGGUUUUGCCAUUGGCGUUGCCAACAUGGGUGCUACGGCCAUAGCAGAAAUUCAGUUUGCUGACUAUAUAUUUCCCAGUUUCGAUCAAAUCGUAAAUGAGGCUGCGAAAUACCGUUAUCGAAGUGGCGGUCUAUUUGACUGCGGCUCCCUGACGUUCCGAGUUCCUUCUGGCGCUGUCGGCCAUGGUGCCUUAUAUCAUUCUCAGAGUCCCGAAGCGUACUUUGCUCACACCUCCGGUCUGCGUGUUGUGAUUCCCCGUGGUCCAAUAAAGGCAAAGGGUCUUCUAUUGGCCUGUAUUCGCGAUGCAAAUCCUUGCAUUGUGUUCGAACCAAAAACAUUGUAUCGCGCUGCAGUUGAAGAAGUGCCCACCGAAUCCUACGUGGAUGAAUUGGGCAAAGCGGAUAUUUUGCGUGAGGGUAAAGAUAUCACGCUUAUCGGCUGGGGAACACAAGUGCAUGUUCUAUUAGAGGUAGCAGAACUGGCAAAGAAAGAAAUGGACAUUGAAUGUGAAGUUAUCGACUUGGUAUCAAUUUUACCAUGGGAUACCCAAACCAUUUGCAAUUCGGUUAAUAAGACCGGUCGGGUCUUAAUAGCCCACGAAGCUCCAUAUACCCAAGGUUUUGGUUCGGAGAUCGCAGCUUAUAUACAAGAGAAAUGCUUCUUGCGCCUAGAAGCGCCCGUAAAACGAGUUACUGGCUGGGAUACUCCAUUCCCCCAUGUAUUCGAACCGUUUUAUUUGCCCGACAAGCAUCGCUGCCUUGCGGCUCUCAAGGACACCGUUAACUAUUGAUCCAAGAUCACGAAUUAAUCUAACCGAAACGGAUGCAUUUAUUUACAAGCACAGCUUAAUUAAUUAAUAAGUAUUUUUUAAUUAAACUAAUUUGUUAUUAUGUGUAUGGUCCAAACGCAAUGAAGAUGUGCAUAAGAAGCCAUUUUCACUAUUUUUUUGUUUACUACAUAAAAAAAUGGGAAGAAAUUGAUUAUUUUAGCAUUUAAUUUUAAAUAAAUAAAAUUACACCUGAAAUUU